AUGACGCUCCUCUCGUACUACCGCGGGCUCCUCGCGCUCGCCACGUACGCGCUCUUUGUCUCGGACGUCUUCCGCUCCGGCUUUGGCAUUGAGUUUACGCACCGCGCCAUGAUCGAGCCCCACAUCUUUAGCGACAAGGGUCCGUUCAACUACGUCGUCGCGUCGCUCUCAACCGAUUCCAGCAGCGACAUCGUGCCGGCCGACGUCUCGCACUAUACGAGCAAGCCGUCGUCGCUUGGUCUCCAGGCGGUCGCGGGCUUGUUAUCGUCCCCGCCGCCACCCCCGACCUCGGUCUCGGAUGUGUUCAACUACUUGGAGGUCCUGAUGACGGCGCUCGGAACCUUUGGCGCGAGUCCAUGGAGCCAGCGAACGCACGUGCAGGUGGCCGCGCGCGCCAACGCCAACGCCUACUUUGAGGGGAAUGGGCUCCUCGGCAGCAUGACCGACAGCAACGUCUCUCGCACGACGUGGGUCGCUGCGUUCCGCGCACCGUCCAACGUCUCGGCCUUGGACAUUUGCGGUGACGCCAACGACCGCCCGCUCUUUUGUGAAAAGACGUGGGCGUACUGCGCGUGGAUUCAGCAGACGCCGCCCGACGACCGCUGCGACGCCGAGAACCUCUGGAGUGCGGUCCACGCCAACGCGAUCGCCUUGAGCCAGCCCGGCGAUCUCGUCGAUGUCAUGACGAUCGAGUCCGAGUCGGACCCGAUCACGUACAGCGGCAGCGGCGUCCUCCUCUCGCGCAGCACGUACGACGUGGUCGUGCUCACGCGCACGAGACGCUGCGACAGCAGUGGGGUCUGCCGCACGACGCGUAUCCACGACUACCGCUACGAAGGGGAGAUUGCCGUCACGGACGUCGAAGAGUGGUUCUCGACGGUGCGGCUCUUGCGGGUGACGGGCCAGAGCUACAACGUGCUGCGCUUUCUGUGCCUCGUGCUCGGCUCCGUCGCCGCAUCGCGCGCCAGCAGUCGGUGGGGCCGCGUCACGGACGGCCUCUCGAUGCUCUCGCGCAUCCCACCCCAAGUCGUUGUCUACGGCAGCUGGAUCCCGCUGCUCUGCUACACGCUCGCGCUCAUGAUCGACGCGACCAUGUUUCACUCGAUCACGUGGAUCGAUCUUCGGAACGCGUCGGUCUCGGACUGGGCCGAAGUGGCGGCCAUCCACCUGCGCAAUACGUGGCUCAUGGCGCUCCUUGUGCGCAUCGCCUUCUUCUUCCGCAUUGGCGCAACGUGGAACACGCCGACCGAGUGGUGGGGUAUCAAAGGCCACGUGUACGGCCUCGUCUCGAUCGCGUCGUUCUUCUUCAUCGUCAAGGACCCACCGCCUGCCAGCGCGCUCGUCGCUUCGUGGCCGAUGGAGCCAUCGUCGGCUGUCGCACUCAUCUACCCCAACGUCUUUACAGCCUGGAACACCAAGAUGGGGGGCCUCUAUGCCGAAGGCAUGGCGAUCCUCGUCGUGCUGGGCCUCGCCAGCGGCGGCUGCUUCUUUUACUGGCUGGGGCCGCGCUUCUGCGACGGCUUUCGGCGCGGCCCGCACGUGUCUACAAUGCCGCUGCUCUAUUUCGCAAAGUCGACUGCGAUCCCAGCCACCGCCGGUGUUCUCUGGGACGCGACCUUCUUGAGCGUCAGCUGGGACACUGACGUCCUCCUUCCGACAGGCGCCUUUCAGGACACGGAGGACCGGCACCGACUCAUCAACAUUGUGGCGCUCACGGAUCCACUCAACUACCUCUGGCUGCACUUUCACGCGACGCGGAUUGCGCUCAACAAGUACCGCGUCGAGGCGACGAAGGACGUUUUCUGGCACCCGGCGCCCGAGCACAAGGUCAACGCCGACCGAGUCGACGGCGACAAGGCGACGCUCAUCGCCACGUCGCUCGUCAAGCGACUGCCGUGGCGCGACUGGGUCGACUGCCGCUAAUAAGACGCUGGCCUGUUGAAUCGGCCAUCGCAAAUCGUCUUGUGUGAAUGGAGCAGUAGCGAACAAAAGGGACUACAGAAAGAUACUUGGACUGAGCUUACGAUGACGAUUUGUACGAUGUGGAAAGAGCUCGAUGCAUUCAAAAGAGCACGAGCGACGAGCGGACACCGAG